AGGAUUGCUCGACGUCGCAGGGGGAGAAGUGCUGUGCCAAGCACAACAUCGAGGCGUACCCUUCCAUUUUCUACAUUCGCGGUGGAACCAUGCAGAAGUACCCGGGGGGCCCGAAGCGCGACGACCUGCUGGAGUUCCUGGCCAUGCAAACCGAGCCCUUGGCUCAGGAGGUGGCCAACGAAGAGGAGGCGAGGAAGCUGGCAGCGGCCCGGAAGAAGCCGGUGCUGCUCUGGCGGGCGAGCAGCCCCGGCGAAGCCGUGCCGCGCGUGGCGCGCGAGUGGCUGCGCCAGGUGAAGCUGGCGAGGCUUUCCGCUGAUCGGGAGUCCUUGGCCUUGGUUUGGCCGUCGGCCAGCAUUGAGUACGAAGGCAAGAUCUCUGAGGAGGAGGUGGGCCUGUGGCUCGCGGAGCAGCUGGUGAAGUCGGAGCCGGCGCCGGCGAGCCAGACCUCGCCGGUGCUCACCGCGGUGGGGAGCAACUUCCGGCAGGUGGUGUUCGAUCCGCUGGACCGGAAUCAGCACGUGAUACUGGAGGUCUACGCGCCCUGGUGCGGGCACUGCAAGCAGCUGGCCCCGGUCUACGAGGCCUUCGCCGCUCGGAUGGGCGAGGAGGGGCGGAACCUGGUGGUUGCAAAGCUGAACGGCGAGGCCAAUGGCAUCCCGUACGGGGGCUUCGAGUACUCGGGGUUCCCCACCAUCUUCUACCUGGGCCCGGGAUCAGAGAAGGUCUCCAAGGUGCAGGAGCGAACGCUGGAGGGCUUGGUGUCCUUCGCGGACAGGAUGGGCGUUGCGCGAGCAGGCGAGGCAAAGGCGAAGGCGAGCCAAGAGGAGUUGCUGAGCCGAUUCCGCUCAGAGGAGGUGCCUGUGUCGAGUUCUGGGCCCAUUCUCACGGUGGUGCUGAAGAACUUCCUCUCGGUGGUCUUCCACGACACAAAGAGCUGCCUGCUGAUGCUCUACGCCAAGGGCUGCCCCCACUGCCAGAGGAUGAUGCCCGAGUUCGAGGCGCUGGCGCGGGAGGUGGCGCCGGAGAUCUUCUUGGCGCGGAUGGACGGGGAGGCCAACGAGCUGCCCGUGCAGGGCUUCCAGGUGAAGGGCUUCCCCACCCUCUUCUUUGUGGAGGCCGGCAGCAAGGAGCCGUCCGCCACCGAGAUCGGCGACACGGCGGUGAGGAAGAUCCGGGCGCUGCUGGAGUCACCGGGACUCCUGCGUGGCCGGCCAGAGCUGUGAUGUGCGACCGGCUGAUUGGCUGAUGGCCUGAGCUUUUGAAUAUGGGGGGGGUGCGGAGGGGAAAGACCAUUGCAAGGUCUUUUGUGUGGGGCGAUCGUUGUUAUUUUAGUUUGGAAGAUCUGGCAAUGGCUCCUUAAAAACUGCGUGCUGGCUUGUGCUGUGAGUCGAGGGGUGUGGGGCACAGCGGUGCUGCCAUGCUUUUUCGCUGGAUACUUUGAUUUCCUGAUGACUUUGCCCACAAGGCCCGCCUUGAUUUUAACCCAGCAGUCGCGAUAGCGGCGUUUCCGGCCGUGCCACGGGCUAAAGCUGUCCGUGGGCAGGGCGCAAAAGACCAGGGCCGCGGCCCAAAAUGCAGCGGCCGCAGCGAACAAUACACCAUGUUCAGGAAC